CAACCAUAGAUGCUCGCACGGUUCUGGGCAGCACUCGUGUCCGAGAUCGAGAAUCUACUGAGAGAAGAAGAGAGAAAGAGGCAGAACAAUGAAUUAGUGGUUGCGAGCUCAGAGAGUGAACAAAAACACAACAAUGGUACAAAUGCCUUUAAGCUCAAAAAACAACUCUCCGAGAUCAGAGCUGUCCCUUCUCUUUUACCACCCGAUGCAGCAAGAAAACAGAUGAAGCUUCGGACAAAUACUCUUACUUUAGGAAGAAAGACUCUAGGAAUGGAAGGUGUUCCAAGACUUAAACAACUCAAGUCUAUACAGUUGCUUUUUGAUGGACGCGGUAAUAACACCAACAAUGAUGAUAGUCUAAAAAAGGCUAAUGGAGUAAGCAACAAGUUAGGUUUAAUAACUCCGCAGGAGUUUAAAACAGAGACGCUUGAAGAUGAGCUGAAGGAAGCAGCUGCUCUUGAAGCAGCUGUUUACUCUGUGGCCGCUGAGCAUAGUAGCUCCAUGAGCAAGGUUCAUGCUCCAGCUCGUCGUCUUGCUAGGUUUUAUCUUCACGCUUGUAAAGGAAAUGGCUCAGAUCAUUCCAAGCGAGCAUGUGCAGCUAGAGCCGCGGUUUCUGGAUUGAUAGUAGUUUCCAAAGCGUGUGGAAAUGAUGUUCCAAGGUUAACCUUUUGGCUAACAAAUUCGAUUGUUCUUAGAGCAAUUUUAAGCCGCGGUACACUGAGCCUGGUUUCUAUUAAACCCGGUUCAGAUGAAUGGGAAGAUCCUCAAGCAUUUCUUGCCGCUUUGGAGAAGUUCGAGUCUUGGAUAUUCUCUCGUAUUGUUAAAUCAGUAUGGUGGCAGAGUAUGACGCCGUAUAUGCAAUCAUCAGCGGUUAAAGGAUCGAUCUCAAGGAAAGUUUCAGGGAAAAGAAGGUUAGGCCAUAAAAACCAGGGACUAUAUGCUAUAGAUCUAUGGAAGAAUGCUUUUAAAGCUGCUUGUGAAAGACUUUGCCCACUAAGAGGUUUAAGAAAAGAGUGUGGUUGUCUACCCAUGCUUGCUAAACUGGUUAUGGAACAAUUAAUUAGUAGACUUGAUGUAGCAAUGUUCAACGCGAUACUUCGUGAGUCAGCAGGUGAAAUGCCGACAGAUCCUGUCUCUGAUCCGAUCAGUGACAUUAAUGUUCUUCCAAUUCCAGCAGGAAAAGCAAGUUUUGGGGCAGGCGCUCAGCUAAAAAAUGCGGUAACUUAA